AUGCUCGUCCGAGCAGCAGGUCGCAGGACGCGGCGAAACACGUCACUACACCUUACUCACCUCGCCGACUCGCUAUACCUCCCUUUCCUCUGUCCUGCUCAGACACGAUGGAACUCGUCACAUUCGCCGCAAACUCCCCAAUCCAGAACCCACACACGCCUUCAAUCUUUGAGCACCGACAAGAUACAAACGAGGCGCCUGGCCACAGUCGCCGAUCAACACACAAUAUCCUCCGACUCGCCACGAUGGACUUUUGGCGGAGUCGAAUACUCCCUCGAUCCCAAGGACACUCUCAUGCUGCAACAUGACAUGCAGACAUCACAUGAGCCUAGACGCAUGUUCACAAAUGGACUCGCUAGCAAUGUCAACGACCUUGUACAAAGUCUACACACAUGUCUCCGUGUGGAGCGUUUCGAGAGAGCUCGUCUUGUCAUCGAAAAAUUGCGCCAACGCUGCCCCAAAGACUCGUUUGAAAUCCAACACGCUCACAAUGCAUAUCUUGAGGCAAGCCUCGCGCAAAUCGAGAACGCUCAAGGACAUCUUUCGAAAGUGAGAUACUACGAAUCUAUGCGAGAUUGGUUCGAGAAUGAUCUUGUACAACAAGAUUAUCCUAUCGAAUCGCAAAUGCUAGUUCUUAUGAUGCGCGCCGCCAUGAACUCGUUGGCAAACGUCAAGCAAGAACGCGCCAUUCGUCGAUAUGCAGAGCUCGCAGAGGUCUCUGGACCAGAUAUGCUCGACGAGAUUUGCGAUGCCGACGACUUUACCGACGACGAGUUCAUGAGAAUCGGAUCCAUACUCCCUACCCUCAAGUCACGGCCGGCAGAGAUCGAGCAACCCACCGACACAAAAGAACAACCUUCUGAUCCAGAUGUCUACCCUAUGCCCGAGCUCACCGAUAUACCAGCGGUACUUGAAGUUGCACAGAAGGGAAUGGGCCUGGCUUCUCUAAAACAAGCCCUCGAAGCUGCAUCACCUGCCCUCCGGUCAACCACACCACUCGAGGAUAUGGACAGGGCCCGACUUACACCAGAGGACCGUGAGCGUCUGCUUGAAGAGAGCGCAGGUCUAGCUGCCAUCUCGCGUUGGAAACUCGAGGAGGAACAUCUGCAAAAGCUUGGUAUACACAGCACUCUUGAGUCAAAGCCGCUUGGCGCUUUGAUGUGGCAAUGGUACUCGGACUUGCUGCCUGCGCUGCGCGAUGAGAUAGAAGCCUGUCGUGGGGUCAUGGACAGCCCUCCACGAGACAACACUGUAAAAGACCAGCUCAUCUACGGACCUUUCAUUGAGGCUGUGCCAAUAGAGCAACUCGCCGCGACCACUAUCCUCAGCGUCAUGUCUGCGUUCGCUAGCGGCAAGGAGAGGAGCUCAGGCACCUACAACAGUAAUCAGAGGCUUGGACGUCUUACUGCCACUCUUGGANAAAGUAUGCAGGAUGAGGCCAACGCCGAAGCCGCUAGACAGCGUGCUAUUGCUGACCGCAAAGCAAAGUUCGGUCGUGCUUCCAAGAAACAGCCAAAGGCAACACACCCGUACUUCGACUCGGAGCUGCACGUCUGGCCUAGUGAUGUUCGCGUCAAGUUGGGUGCUAUGCUUGUCUCGAAACUCAUCGAAACUGCCAAGAUUCCUGUUACUAGACAACAUCCUAGGACANAAGAGAUGGUCACGCAGACCCAGCCAGCUUUCCUCCACAAGACACUUUACGAAUCAGGAAGAAAGCAAGGCUGGCUUUGUCCCAGUUCUGAGUUGAUUCAANAACUUCAUCGCGAGCCAGUGGCUGGUCUGAUCGCCAAAAGACUUCCUAUGGUUGUCGAACCCAAACCUUGGACUAACUUCAGUAGAGGCGGCUACCUCAACUAUCCCACACCUGUUAUUCGUUUCUCUGGAGCAGAUAGUGUGCCUCGUGACUACGCAUAUGCCGCUAUCCAACGAGGAGAUCUGGACAAGGUGUUUGAAGCUCUUAACGUCCUCGGUAAAGUUCCCUGGAAGGUCAACGAGAAUGUGCUGCGUGUGCAAAUUGAUGCAUGGAAUAGUGGCGAGCCUAUCGCCAACUUUGCUCCUCUGAACCCAAAGCUUGAUCUCCCUCCCGAACCUGCCGACAAGUCUGACCCUCAGGCGCGUCGUCAAUGGCUACAGACAGUCAAAGAUCUCGAGAACGUCAAAGGCGGCUACCAUUCGCAAAGGUGUUUCCAGAACUUCCAGCUUGAGAUUGCCAGAGCUUUCAGCAAGGAGAAGGUCUACUUCCCUCACAACAUCGAUUUCCGUGGUAGAGCGUAUCCUAUCCCACCUUAUCUCAACCACAUGGGUGCCGACAACGCUCGUGCUCUGAUGACAUUUGCCAACGGANAAGAGCUGGGCGAAGUCGGAUUGAGAUGGCUUAAGAUUCAUCUGUCCAACGUCUUUGGUUACGACAAGGCCAGUCUGUCGGAGAGAGAGAAAUUCGCUGAUGACCACAUGGACGACAUUCGCGAUUCAGUAGCUAACCCUUUGAGUGGCAGAAGAUGGUGGCUUCAGUCUGAGGAUGCAUGGCAGACUUUGGCAGCUUGCUACGAACUGAAAGCAGCCAUGGACCUUCCCGACCCAACCAAGUAUGUCUCACAUCUUCCUGUACACCAGGAUGGUACUUGCAAUGGUCUCCAGCAUUAUGCAGCUCUUGGUGGUGAUUCAGCUGGUGCCCGUCAAGUCAACUUGGAACCUGGAGACAGACCUUCUGAUGUCUACACUGCCGUUGCCGAAGGAGUAAAGGCAGAGGUCGAGAAGGACUAUGCCGCAGGUCAUCCUGUAGCAACAUUCCUCAGAGGCAAGAUUACUCGCAAGGUCGUCAAGCAGCCAGUCAUGACCAACGUUUAUGGUGUCACCUACUUUGGCGCUAGAGCACAAGUCAAGAAACAACUCGAGGAGAUCUUCCCUGACAUCCACCGUCAUGAUGCUCUGGAUCAUCUUACGCUUGCCUCUUACGUCGCUAAGAAGAUUUUCAAGUCUCUCGGCGAGAUGUUCAAGGGUGCACAAGCCAUCCAGACAUGGUUGGGAGAUUGUGCAGACCGCAUCUCCACUUGCGUCACACCUGAGCAGAUUGAAUCUAUGCGAAAGGAUAAUUCAGAGGGCAGAUCUAUCAUUCCCAAGGGGUCUGCAGCUGUCAAAGGUAAAGCAAAGCACGGUGCCGCACAGCGUGUGGAAGCAUCGAAGCAUCUAUUCCGCAGCUCAGUCAUCUGGACUACUCCUCUUCGUCUUCCUGUCGUACAGCCUUACCGCACUUCGAAGCGCCGUCAGGUCAAGACCAAUCUGCAGAACAUUGCCCUGCAGGAGCCGACUGCAAUCGAUCCUGUCAGUAAGCGCAAGCAACUGCAAGGUUUCCCUCCCAACUUCAUUCAUUCAUUGGAUGCGACGCAUAUGAUGUUGUCCGCCAUCAAGUGCAACGAGAACAACAUCGCCUUUGCCAGUAUUCACGAUUCCUUCUGGACUCAUGCUUGCGACAUCAAUCAUUUGUCUGUCGUUCUCCGCGAUGCUUUCGUCGCCAUGCACACUGAGGACGUCGUUGGUCGCCUGCGCCAGGAGUUCAUUGCUCGUUACAAGGAUUGCAUGUACCUUGCUGCCGUGGACGUUCGUACGCCAGUUGGCAAGAAGAUUCUCGAACUUCAGAAAAGCCGUCCCAAAGCAACCAAGAAGAGCAAACAGCUACAGCCGACGUUGAUUCUUCAACUUUUGGAAGAGGUUGAGCGCACACGUCUGCUCAAUAGCGAGAACCCCGAAGAAGUCGCACAAGGUGAAGAGAUGGUCACCUCUGGUAGCAUCUUUGCCGCUGAAGCUGAUGCUGAAGAUGCGCUGACCGUGCCUACCGAGAUUGUCAAUGCACGUCUCGGUGAAAUUCCUGAGAACUCAGAUAUCUUGGGCACUUCCGAGACUGGCACUGACGACUUGACCGAGCCCGUCUUGGCCGAUCACGACGACCUCGACGCUACCGGCGACGACAAGAUCGCCAAAGCAGCCGAAGACGCUGCUAUUGAGAUGGAUGACGGGGAAGAACACGUCCCCACCAUCGAAGACUUAAAGAGAAAGGCUCCCAAAGCCGCAAAGAAGGCACCCGUCAAGAAGGUGUACGUCUGGUUGCCACUCAAGUUCUCCGAGGUUCCCGAGAAGGGUGACUUUGACGUGACGAGAUUGAAGGAGAGUCAGUACUUCUUCCACUGA